AUGGCUAUUAUGGAACGUUUCGUGCUCACAGACGAAGAGCGAAAGGUGCUGACACGGGACCAACUGAGGUUGUUCAGCGUGAACCCUCACGAGCUGGACAUACCAUCGGCUAACCACCUGGUAAGAUUGGCUUUGGAAUUGGAUAAGUGGCGACGGAAGGAUGGCAAACCAGACCUGCAUGCUAUUCUGACGAAGCUCGAGGAUGAAAAUAGUCAGGUGUGCGCACUGAUCGCCGCUUGCGAUAUGGUGCCGGAGCCCAAUUUCGCAAAGAUGCCCAGAAUCAGCCAAGCGUCAUGGCAGAGGAAACCGACGCCGUCACCAACAAGACAGGACAACGGUGCUACUCUGGGAAAGAGAAGGCCACAAUUUCGCGUGACGUUCUGGGAUACCGGUACUUCACUACUAGGGAAGGGAAGAAGGCAGCGAUACGAGUCGCGCUGGCGGAUGCAGAAGCUCUCAAAGAAGACGUGA